AUGUUCUUUGGAAGGAGAGAGGAGCAACAACAUCAGCCACAACAAAUUUCCUACAACAACCCGAACUCUAUGGAAGCAACACAAUCAUCUUCCGUUAAUCAACCCCAUCCAUUUGAUCAAUCUCAAGGGAAUAUUGUGGAUGACAGAAGUACAACAACAAAUGAUGAUAUUUUCACUCAUCACAAAUAUCCUUCUCUUCAUCCUGUAGAUAAGCUUUCUCCCAUGUACAAAGCGAAACAAUAUUCUCUUUCAAUUCAAAAAUCCUAUCAACAAGCCUGGAACAAUGUCAUCCAAUUAUCAAUUCUUCUACUAUUAUUAUUCAUUGCUAUACAUACCAAUAUAUUCAGAAUUGCCGUGAUGAGAUUAAUUACCUCAUCGGUCAUUAUUUAUUACAUGCUCUCCUAUUUCAUUUGCGUUUUAUUGUUUUACUUGAUCAUUCGACGUAUGAAUAAGCUGUGGAGAAAGUCAUCCUUUUAUUCUCAGCAAGAACAUGAAUAUAGAGGAGGGAAGUUGUACAAGUGGAGCCAAGAGUUCGUGAAAUCUCCAAACAGGGCAUUACAGACGUUGUUCAGAAACAUUAAAAGCCUUUUCAUCGGAAAGCCUUCUUCACGCUCAAAAACAUUGACAACACAAGAGCAAUUCCGUCCCACCUAUAUUUGCACUCCUUCUAGCACCCUACUAGGCUUAAAUACUAAAGAGGAAAUUGAUGAAUAUAACACUGCGCUGUAUGAAGAAUAUUUGCAACAAGAAGCAAAACGAAAUGAACAAAGAAGAGAAAUCCUUUCUAAUAGGAAAGAAAUUGACAGAUAUAGAUCGAUCAAUUAUGAUUUAGUAUUUGGUAGAUCUGGAUAUCAUCCAACAACCAUGGGUGGCCCUCUAGGUACCUCCACCACAAUGGCCGAUUCAUUAGGACUUGGUUAUCCAUCAUCUCUUCCCACUACGACCUCUUCAACAAGUACUGGAGGAGGAUAUCUUUUAGAUGCUUCAACUGCUGUACCAGCUGGACCAAAUGCUGGAAUGAUUCACGAUUUUGAUGCCAUGCCACCAUCUUCAUUGACUUUUUCAAAUCCAAUCAUUAGAGAUCGAUUUACCACAGGUGGAAUGGAAAGCGAAAAUGUUGCAUAUCGAUUGGCUCCAUCUGCCAACUUUAAUCCUGAUAUGUUAUCUUGGCAAACAUCAGCUAGAGCUCAAAAUCAUGCAAUGCAUAGUAAUGCACUUCUUUUGAGCGAAGAAGCUUCUCAAGCGUUAGAAAAAUAUAAUUUAAAUACGUUUAUUGUGAAUAAUUGGGCAGAAAAUAUGAGAAGAUGGAUCAUAUUUAAAAUUUUAACUCCAAUCACAAACGAUAUAGAAAAUAUUAAUACACAAUUAUACAAAACCUUUAAUGGGCAAUUUAAGGGUUAUGAUUGUUACAACCCAUUAGACAUUUCACCUCAAUAUCAACAUGCUAUUCCAACAUUUAUUCCACUUUCAGAAGAUACUUCCAGAUACACCUUAAAAUAUAUUUUGUCUACAAUGGUUAACACUUUCGAUCAACAAAAGCAAAAGCCUUCAAUUUAUCAAGAUUUUGAAAUUUUGUUAAGAAAGAGGUUAAAGAUUGAAAGAUAUUUGAGUGUGCCAUCCUCCGCUAUGGACAAAAUUGGAAAUAGAAAACAUGUUCUUGAAAGAAUAAGGACUAUGGCUAGAGGAUCAUUUGACAAGCUAGGAAGUUUCAGCGAACAUUUGAAGAAUGACUUCCCAAGUGAUGAGGAGAUUUUAGUAUUUUUGUUUUGUAAAUACAUGGAUUUCAUCUUGGACUCUCAUGGAUCGAACAGCUUUACUCAAAAAUAUUAUCGUGACAAGACAAGACCACAAGAACCAAGCACAAAUGGAAUGGGUCUUUACAAACCAAGAAGUAUGGCUCCAGCCGUUGCGAAUGCUAUUAUCAAGAAAAAGGGAGAUUCAAAAAUUUUGCCAACUAAGAAGGGUCUGUUUUUGUGCUUGGCAACCUUACAACCUGUACCACAUUUUAAUGUGGAAGACGACGGAAGCGUAUUAGAAUGUCAACCAGGACGCAAUAACUUAUUUUAUGCCUUAGUAUUGUUCUUGCACUUGAUUAGAGAGAAAUAUGAAGGAUACAUUGAGACGGUAUCGCUUGAUGAUUUGGAUCUUUCGCGAGUUAUUGAAUCUGUUUAG